CCCCUAAAAAUUAUCCUACUUCCCACAAAAUUACGCCACCGAAUGCUUACCCUGGAACCAGCGGGCAUCUCUCUCCUCCCUCUCUCUCAUCGGACCUGCUAUCUUCAACGGCGUGCGGUGGGGAGCUGCGUGGCGAGCGGGCGGUUGACGUCAAGCUCUUCAACGGUUGGACCUUCGACUAUGUCAAUCAAUAUCCCUCUUCGUUAACGACAAGGCUUUUCUCUGUGGCCAUGGAAUCAAACUCGGAGAUCAUUGGCACGAAUCUCGACGAAAAGCUGAAAUCUUUACUCUCUCAUCUACAAACAGAGUCAGGAAUCCUCGACAGGCUCGUCUACAAGAACAAGAACCAGCACCGAAGAUGCCCGUACUUCCAAGCCCUUCAAAAGGUUAGAAGAGAUGCGAGGUUACUGAACGCAGCAGGAUUGGAAGAGAUUUUGAGCGUUUUGUUUCCGAUUAUUGAUGGGAAGAAACCAGCUCAGAGAGCUUUUCUCCCAAAGAAGCAAAAGAAAAAUCAUCCUAUUGCAAAGCAUAACUACCAGGAGCGACUAUUGGGUAUUGCACGAUUACUAUCACAGAUGACCGAACCAAUCCUGAAAGCAGCAAUUCAGAUAUCUUUCUUGCUUGCAAAAUCAUUCUUUACGGGAUUUUCACUAACAACGUUGGCCUUGCUUUCACGCCUUCGAGUUUUGGUUCAACAAAUUUUACUUGAUGUAGUUGUGGUAUUCAACAAAGUCUCAUCUCUCUCUCAGCAGAAGCAUACAGUACAGCUGACUCAGGGAUUUAUUGAGACUUAUAGAGAGUACUAUCCUUCCAGUGGAGAGGUUCUUAUAUUGGAAUGUGUCUGGAAAAAGGACAAGUUCGUGUUGCUUGAAAGAACAAAUGACAACAGUACACAAAACCAACAGGCGGAUCUAGGAGCGCUUCCUUUGGAGACAUCAAUAAAGUACGAAACUGUACCAUUUUUCAGUGAAGUUAUAUCCACUGAGCAUGAACAAGAUCCAGUGACACAAAAUUGCUCGCCAUCCAUGGAGAAUUUCCCCAUUGAAUCUCAACCUGCAACAAUUUCAUCUAAAGAUCAACCUGUUACUAAUAGUGAAAACAGGCAUGCCAUGGAUGUUGAAGUUUUCAUUCAAGGAGCCUCCGUUUGUGAGCGAGUUACCUCUAAGUAGCAUUCGAAGUGGGAAUCAAUCAACUCGUGCUCAAAACAAGUGAGCUGGACACUGGACAUUAACCUAAAAUCUGAGCUUCUUUUUGGGAUAGUAGUGGUGAUAGAUACUGCAGUCUAAGCGUUUUUCGCGCAAGUGAAGUAUCCAUUUCUUUCCUUUCAGAUAUCUUGGUGGAUAACUGUCUUUUUUUCUGUUCUCAAGUUCUACAUUGCUUUAUUUUUUAUUUAACUUCCCCGGUGACAAGCUUAUGAGAUGAGAUGUGUAAGCCUUAUUGAGGUACUGUCCUUUUGAAUAUACAGUGUACGUAGAGUUUAAAAAUUUGCAUAGAUACUUGACUCGUACGUGGUUGUAUGUAUAAACAUAAUCUACAAGUUACUUUUGUUUGCAGCGCAUGAUAAUUUAGUGCAAUUUCCAUGUUAA